UGGCAGCUGCGCGGCGGCAACGGCGGCUGAGGAGGAGCGCGCGCCCGGCUUUGAAUGAGCGGGGCUGGGACUGAACGGGCGGAGCGCGAGCUCGAGGAAGCGACCGGCAGCGCGCGUGCGCGCGCCUUGUGUGCGCGCGCGGCCCGCGGCAGCUCGGAGUCUCCGCCGGGCGGGCGGGGAGGGGGAGGGGCAGGUUUUGAUUCUUACCAUGGCUAUUACACAGUUUCGGUUAUUUAAAGUUUGUACUUGCCUAGCAACAGUAUUCUCAUUCCUAAAGAGAUUAAUAUGCAGAUCUGGCAGAGGACGGAAAUUAAGUGGAGACCAGAUAACUUUGCCAACUACAGUUGAUUAUUCAUCAGUUCCUAAACAGGCAGAUGUUGAAGAGUGGACCUCCUGGGAUGAAGAUGCACCCACAAGCGUAAAGAUUGAAGGAGGGAAUGGGAACGUGGCAGCACAACAAAAUGCUUUAGAACAACUAGAACCCGACUAUUUUAAGGACAUGACACCAACUAUAAGGAAAACCCAGAAAAUCAUUAUUAAGAAGAGAGAACCAUUAAAUUUUGGCAUCCCAGAUGGUAGCACUGGUUUCUCUAGUAGAUUAGCAGCUACACAAGAUAUGCCUUUUAUUCAUCAAUCUCCUGAAUUAGGUGACUUGGAUACCUGGCAGGAAAAUACCAAUGCAUGGGAAGAAGAAGAAGAUGCCGCCUGGCAGGCCGAGGAAGUUCUGAGGCAGCAGAAGAUAGCAGACAGAGAAAAGAGAGCAGCAGAGCAGCAAAGGAAGAAGAUGGAAAAGGAAGCACAGCGGCUAAUGAAGAAGGAACAGAACAAAAUUGGUGUGAAACUUUCAUAACAAGUGUUCUUCACAUGUCAUAGCGCCAGUGCGAGAAAUGCGGGCUCCACCAGCCAAGCAACAUUUGUGUGGGUCUAAGAGUGUUUUCAGAGUACACAUAUGCUGCUUGACUUUAAUGCAUUCACCAGGCCACCCAGGGCACCAGGAUGCUCUCAAAGUCCCUUGAACUCUUAGUGAUUGAGACUCAAAAGAAGAAAAAAGACUUAAGAGACAAUAUUUUCUUCAUUGUGCUCCAACUGUAAGACAGUUGUUUGCUGUAGAGAAAUUAUUACAAAUGGAAUAUAUCAGUACCUCUUCAGGCUAGUGUUGCUAGCUGAAUAAAUGGGUAUAAAUAAUUUUAUGGUGGGAAAGGACUCUGCUGUCUAUAAUGCUUUCCUUCAAUGUGCAUAAUGAUAAAAUAAAUAAUUUUAAAUAUUC